CUAGAACCCUUCUCUUGGCUAAAACAUACACAAGGAUUAGAAAAUGGUAGUGAAGGUUUAUGGUCCAGUGCAAGCUGCCUGCCCACAGAGGGUAUUGGCUUGCCUUUUGGAGAAGGAUGUGGAGUUUGAGAUUCUUCAUGUUGAUCUUGCUUCUGGAGAGCACAAACGGCCUGACUUCCUUCUCAAACAGCCAUUUGGGCAAGUUCCUGUCGUGGAGGAGGGUGAUUUACAGCUUUUUGAAUCUAGGGCAAUCAUAAGGUACUACGCAGCGAAAUACGCAGACCGUGGGCCUAACCUAGUUGGAAAGACAUUGGAAGAGAGAGCUCUAGUGGACCAAUGGCUGGAAGUGGAAGCCCACAACCUCAACGAUUUGGUGUACAAUCUGGUGUUUCAACUUGUGAUCUUGCCAAGGAUGGGGCAGCCAGGGGACUUGAAGUUAGUCCACAGCUGCGAGCAGAAGCUGGAGCAGGUGCUCGAUGUGUAUGAGCAAAGAUUGUCCAAGAGCAAGUAUCUUGCUGGAGAUUCAUUUACUCUUGCUGAUUUGAGCCAUUUGCCUGGAAUUAGAUAUCUGGUGAAUGAAGUUGGAAUGUGCCAUUUGGUGAGAGAGAGGGAGAAUGUUAAUGCUUGGUGGCAGGAUAUUUCAAGCCGUCCAGCUUGGAAGAAAUUAAUGGAACUUGCUGGUUUCUAGUUGUUGGGAAUUAUUUGCUACUUGCUAGCACUAAAUUAAUAUGUAUCUCUCUGUAUUUGAAGGAAGAAUGGCUCCUGUUCUGUGAAAUAUACAUAAUUUCACUUAUUACCCAAGCAGC